AUGAAGACGGGGCAGCACAACUUCUCUUCCACGCCCGUUCUUCUCCAGCUAAAUCUAUUCCUCUUUCUCCGCUCUGCAAAAGCCGCCCCCUGUACCCGCUGUGAGCCGGCCCCAAGCCGGGUGUUGGAGACCCGAUCUCGCCAAUCGGGGCCCGGAGCCUGGCGGGGGCCGCACAGCCCGCCGCUGCUGCUGCCACCACGGCUACGAGAUGGUGACUCGCAGGGGCUGCUCCGCCAGAGCCGCCUUCCCUCCGCAGCAUACACCGACCUUUCCCAGCCGCCACCUCAGAAGCCGGAGCCGGGAGACGGCAGGAUCCCCGUCCAGCCGCCGGGCCCUGCUAGCCACCGGCCCCCGCCCUCCGCCCGGGCCCGCACCCGUGCCGGCUCUGACCCGAGGGGCGCCCCUCCACCCCGCCACCUUCGCCUGCGGCCGCCGGCAGCAGGCACGCCGCGGCGGGGAACGCGGCUGCCCGGCACCCGAGCCGCCGGCGCCGGGCGGGAGAGAAGCUGGGCAGGGGGGGCCCGCACUCACCCAGGAGCGAGGAGCGCAGACCGCCGCCGCCGAUCGCCGUCAGGGGCCGCCGGGCGCACCGAGAGCGAAGGGGCGGUGGCGGGCGGGCUCCGCCCCGCGCCCCAAGGCCAGAGCGGCGGUGGGAUGGCCGCCAGCCGCCCGAGCAGGAGGCGGGAAGGGAGGGAGGACGAGCGAGCGGAUGGCCAGCCGGGCGGCGGGGCCACGGGGCGGGCUUCCCCUCCCCGCCCGCAGCCCUGGCCCCGCGGAGAGCCGCUGCCUUCCUCGGCCAGUCCCUUCCCCUGGAUAUGA